AUGACGAACACACCGUGGCCAUAUUUUACAUCUGGUACGAUUGUACAUGGCUUCGGCCGUGGCAGCAAAGAACUAGGCUGUCCAACAGCAAAUUUCGACGAAGAAACAGUAGACAAACUACCGUCAUCCAUUGACCAAGGUGUGUACUAUGGAUGGGCGAAGCUAUUAACAAAGCGGAAUAAUGAAAUCUAUAAGAUGGUAACUAGCGUCGGCACCAAUCCGUUUUACAAUGGCGAGAAAAAGAGCAUGGAAACGCAUAUAAUACACGAAUUUCCCGAAGAUUUCUAUGGUGAAACAUUAAAAAUAGUUCUUCUGGGCGAAAUACGGAAAAUGACAACAUUCAAUAACGCAGGUGAACUAGUUGCUGCUAUUCAGAACGAUAUUUCAACAGCGAAAGAAAGACUCGACUCCGAUGAAUGUCGUCAAUAUCAUAAUCACUCGUUUUUCCAACAAUGA